GUGAGACGCCCGCCAGCUAGACCCGAGUGAGAGGGGCAAGGCGCCGCUGGCUCGCCUGCCAGGCUGCGGCUACUUUCUUGGUUAGCGAGCAGCGCCCCUCCUCGCCUUCGUGCCCUAUUAAUAGAGGAGGCGCGCCACUCUGCCUGCCCUUGCUUCAAGCAGCUUCUGUUUUGUCUGUCAUGUUGACGCCCCCCACGGAGAGGACUUCUUUUUCUUGUAGUUUGGGUUAGCUCUGUCCAUUUGGUAUGCCGCUAUUGGCCUGCCGAUCGGUGCGUGGGUGCUCUGUUUCUUUCAGAGCUGUGGUCGGGCGUUUACUUGGACCCCCGUUGGCGCGAUGCAGAUGGUGGACAUCGAGUCCAGGUUUCCCUCCACUUUUUGCGUAAUAUCAUUCACUAUCAUGCCGAAGCCUCUUACCUUUUUCUUUUCACCAUUUUCCGUGACCCAGAAUAGAUACAUGAGGAUUGCCGCAUCUUCAUUUUUCUCUAUUCCUCCUGAGUCACAUUUCUUUUUCAAGUUAAUAAAUCUAGCGUUGUGGUGGUUAUGUCAUUCACAAAAUCACGGUGUUGGAGGUUUCUUCAUGCCAGCGGCGCCCAUCGCGAAGAAGUGCGCAGCUUGUCCGUCCGAGUAAAGUCUGCACAGCAAGAGGUGCAGCAGCAGAAAAGUGCGAGAGACUCACUGGAGAGCCGGGUGGAGGAGCAGAGGGAAAGCCUUGAAGUGCUGCAACAGGAUUUGCAGCUGCUACUACAGUGCGAGCGCGACUCCAAGGAUCGCGAACGGGAAGCGUGGCAAAUGCGACAGGAAGACGCCGACGUUCUGGACAUGGAAGUCUGGCUGCCCGCGGAGCUGCGCGACCAGAAGAUGCGAACGACUAGUACAGCUGAGGAAAGAACGGCUUUUUCGUCGACCUACGCCCGCAUACUUCGGUGCGUGCCCAUCGCGCUUUUGCCGACACUGGCGACGGAGUUCUUCGAGCGGCUAGAGUUGGAGGAAGCAGCACUUCUCCGAAUGCAGCAAGGAAAUAACAACCGCACGGGCGAAGCGGGUCGUGACAACGUCUAUGGGGACGGCGGUCUGCAUGAGUUCGACGAAAUCGACCGGUUAGACGGUGCGGACUCGGUUAUCGACGAGCUUAGCCAGUCCUGGUCAGGCACGGUGGACCACCGGACCCACCGGAUGAACCACGACAGCAAGCACAAGGCUGUAACAGCUUCCGGAUCGACGCAAAUAGACGUCGCGUCCCAAACACCACAGCGAUUCGUAGACGCUCUAGUGGCGCAGUCGUUGCAGCAAAAAACCUACCGCGGUCGGCAGGCGCUCAUGAUGGCCCAUGGUGUGGUCGCGUCGGAUAGUACAAGUCCUUCUGGCGGGCAAGCGGACCACUACGGGACUGCAGGAACUUCUUCGCCGAGCUAUUUGCGGUGCGAUCCCGGUGUGGAACAGGUGAUGGCGGGCGUUGUGCUUGCCGGAAGUAGUAAUGGCCCGCCCUCGCCGUCGCCCGGCGUCUCGAGUCCCAGCACCAACCGGCACGCCAAGACGAAGUUUGCCGCGGCUGUGCGCAAAGCUCAGUGUGGCAUCUUUUUCGCGAAGCGCACCACGACCGGGGCGGGGACGGCGGGUGCAGCGGGGAUGAAUCAGAUGCUGUCGUCGAAUUUGGAGAGCCGAGACGGCAAUGCAAUGGUAAGCAAAGUCGUCUCGUUGUCAUCCACCCGUGGUGCCGCCGGUGUACUGGCGGGUGGAAGUGCAGUCGGAAGCGGUACCGGCACGGCGUCUGCCCUGCAAAAAACCCAGAGCGUGGCGGCUUCUUUUUCGAAUAACGUGAACAAACGAGGAUCUUUGUCGCCAGGGGGAAAAAUAUUCUCCAUGAGCGAUCAGGAGCAAGUGGCGCAAGUGGUCACUUCGCCGAUUGUCGUGGCUGCAGGAGGUGGGAACAGUGCAGCUGGGGGCGUCCCGGAGCAACCAAUGAUGGUAGUUAAGUCGCCGUCAAAUCCGAGCCCCGGAAGCCCCCCGGGGAAGCAGAAAGAGAAGAUGAAAAUGGCCCAAAUUUUGCACAAGCAUCGGGUUGUUUCGCGAUUUCUUAAUUCCAUCGGACCAGAACAGUGAGAGCGACUAAUAUCGAAAUAGUAUACACUACUGCAUCUGCAGCACUUACUUGCAGAUUAUAUGAUAACCUGAGUGAUUUGACAUUGACUUCGAGGAAGUGACAUUGCUGUAAAAGCAUCUUCACGUUUCUGCUGGUUUCAAAGAAGUUUCAAAGAGGAAGAUAAAAGAACCGUUUCAAUUCAUCCUUUCUUGUGCCCUGCAUGAGUUUCAGAGGCGAAGGAGGAUCUUUGCUUACGGAAGCAAGCGAUUAGAAUUUUAUCGUUGUUACUCCUGCACCUGCGGAAAGUGUUUGGAGCUGAGACAUUUAGACCGAGGAGAGCUCCUUCAGGUGCAGUUGCAGUUCUGAAUCAACAUGUUGUCAGGGAGAGAGAGCCUAGGGCCUGUGAGAG